AUGCAGCAUUUGAUGACCAGUGUAGACCAUGACGAGAUGCCAGAAAGCGCCGGAUAUCUAUACAAUCAAGAUUUUCUUGCAAAAAUCAUCCGAAAGAAAAAGCGUGCAAUGCUGAGUGGUAACGAGAAAAUUAAAGUUGCCAAAACUAUGCAAAAGAUUAAGGCCAACCUUCUCAUCUUAUCGGUGGCUUUUCUUUUCCUUUUCUCUGCUUUCAAUGGUCUUUCAAAUCUUCAAACAUCAGUGAACAACGAACUAGGAGCCGAUAGCCUAGCGUGA